AUGGGUUUGGAUGCAAAGAAGUUAGCGUCUGUGAUCAACACCAGCUCAGGACGUUGUUGGAGUAGUGACACGUAUAACCCAGUGCCGAAUGUCAUCGAUCGGGUGCCAUCAUCUAACAACUAUCAGGGUGGAUUCAGUUGUGCACUGAUUGCAAAGGAUCUCGGUAUAGCUGAAAAUGCAUCUUCUGCGUAUAAUGCUUCAAUUCCACUCGGUCAAAUGGCUCAUAAAAUCUACGAUUCGCUCAGUCAGUCGUCCGAAUUUUCAAAACUUGAUUUCGGUGUUAUUUAUCAGCACAUCAAAAACUUAUCUUAUCAGAAAUGA